AUGAGAUUCCUUAAAAACCAGAAAGUAGAAGUAUGCAGCAAAGAAGAAGGGUUCGCUGGCUCCUUCUACGAAGCAACUAUCCUCAACCCUCUUUACAUCAACGGGAACGAAGUCUUCUAUAAAGUUGAGUACAAGAACCUGCUGGAGGAGAACGAAACCGAGCCUCUGGUAGAGAAUGUCCCGCAAAACGAAAUCCGGCCUCUCCCUCCGCCAUUAUCCAACGAGUCUGGGUUUUCGGUGAAUGAGUUGGUUGAUGUUUUUGCUAACGAUGGAUGGUGGUUUGGCAGGAUUACUGGAAAACGAGGGUCAUAUUUUUCUGUCUACUUUCCUACUACUUGUGACCAUAUAGAGUACCAUGUUUCUCUUUUGAGGCCUCAUCAAGAUUGGGUCGAACAGAAGUGGAUUUCCUACAAGUGA